AUGUUUCCUCCUAAAUCAUAUGGUACAACCAAUUCCCACUGGAAUCCCGCCCGCACUAACGGCAAGAAUUGCGCAAUGACAAGCCCAUUUGUCAAACAGUCUCAAGAGUUGCCCUGCCAAAAGUCUAAUUCCACUGAUGGCUUUAAUGAGGCCUUCUCGACUCUGUUUGGUUGGUGGGAAUUCACUCUCCACUAUACCAGACUCAGUUUGGGCAAAGCGUUCGAGUUUGCGGUACUAGAUCUACCUGCAUUUCUGGCUGACGACGCCUCAUCUGGAGAUCUAAAUAGCGCUUAUGAAAGAUUCCCCCUCCAAUUCGAAGACCUUACCGAAAACCUCAUAGCUCGUGCAGGCUGCCGGAGAAACAUCUUUGACGACUGCCUAACAGUUCCUAGUACAAUCCGGGGUACAGAGGAGCUGCUUCUUAGUGGCCAUCCAGAAGAAUGGCCAACGGCUUUUACAAUCUUAACCAUUCUGAUGUUAGUGCGCUUGAAUGUUCAAAUCGCAACAGACUUCUGCCCUGGCUUUAUAUCGGCUGAAAGAAUUAUACCUUCAUUGCUGCUGAAACAUGCAUCCAUUGACGGAGAAAGCACUCGACUAGCAAUAUUUGGCAUUAAUGGGGAUGGGUUCUAUUGCCAGGGAUCAUUAUCACGAUAUGUGGGCAGCAAAUCGUCGUCCCUAAUGCACCAACCUUUCUCCUCUCGACCGCUUUGUCUUGGGCUGGCCAGUCUAACUCUCGGCCUCCUUGCUAGCAUCAGUGACAAGAUGCAGAAGACGUUUUUGGAGAUUCCCAAUUGCAAGAAUGAAAGCGAAUCUUAG